AUGCUUCACCAAGGGCACUUGAAAGAGCUGUUGAGCGACCGGGGAAGGGCCAAUUUCGCUCGAGGAUGUGAACAGCACCAGGGCCCGCCUAAACCACCUUCUCCAACUCGAACCAUUCAAAUGAUCAUCGGAGGGAGAGAUGACGCAUCGGUCUACAAUGUAAAAUUCACAACCACCCACAAACUCAAACGGUCGGUCACUCAUGAACGGUACGACGAACUCAAAGAAAGUAUCGUAUUCAAUAUGUCAGAUGCCCAUGGUUUGGUCUUUCCUCACUAUGAUGCUUUUGUUAUCAUUUUACGCAUAUUAGAUAUAGAUGUGAGACUUGAACGAACAUCUGGAAAAAUCACCUUUCGCGUCCUGGCCGGCGGCGCCACUCUGGAAACCACAUUCCAUAUCAAGGAUCAGGACAUGGCAUACAACGCUAUAAUAGGUCGGCCUUGGAUACACGCCAUGAAGGCCAUUCCUUCCAACUUGUACCAAGUUAUCAAAGUUCCCACCCCAUGGGGAGUAUUUAGCAUCCGAGGAGAACAACGCACUUCCCCAGAAUGCUAUCGCAUCGCCCAGGAUUAUACAUACACCCAACAAGUGAAGGGCAAAGCCAAAGAGGCAUAG